UUUCGGCCGGCGUCAGGACCGGCCCUGCCCGGGCGCCGGGGGGCGUGUCGCCAGCAAGUCCUCCCCCGGCUCCCUUCUCGCCUCCUUUCGCCCGAAGGAUCCUCCCCCCCCCUCCUCCUCCCCUCGCACACCUGCGCAGCCCGCCAUGUUUGCCCUCACCACUCGUGCCCUGACCGCCCGCUCGGGCUCCGUCGCCCUGCGCGCCGCCUACUCCUCCGCUGCCAAGACCAUCACCGUCCGCGAGGCCCUCAACUCUGCCCUCGAUGAGGAGCUCGCCCGUGACGAGAAGGUCUUCAUCCUCGGUGAGGAGGUUGCCCAGUACAACGGCCCGUACAAGAUCACUCGCGGUCUGCUUGAGAAGUACGGCGAGAAGCGCGUCAUCGACACCCCCAUCACUGAGAUGGGCUUCGCCGGUAUCGCUGUCGGCGCUGGCUUCGGUGGCCUGAAGCCCAUUUGCGAGUUCAUGACUUUCAACUUCUCCAUGCAGGCCAUCGACCAGAUUGUCAACUCCGCCGGCAAGACCCUCUACAUGUCCGGUGGUCGUGGUGAGUGCCCGAUUGUCUUCCGUGGCCCGAACGGCUCGGCCAUCGGUGUCGGUGCCCAGCACUCCCAGUGCUUCGCCGCCUGGUAUGGAUCCAUCCCCGGCCUCAAGGUCCUGUCCCCCUGGAACUCGGAGGAUGCCCGCGGUCUGCUGAAGGCCGCCGUGCGCGACCCGAACCCCGUUGUCUUCCUUGAGAACGAGAUCAUGUACGGUGUCCCGUUCGAGGUUUCGGAGGAGGUUCUGUCCGAGGACUUCGUCCUGCCCAUCGGCAAGGCCAAGAUUGAGCGCGCCGGCAAGGACCUCACCAUCGUGGCCCAUUCGAAGCCCGUUGGUGACAGCCUGGCCGCCGCCGAGAUCCUGGCCAAGGAGUAUGGCGUCGAUGCCGAGGUCAUCAACCUCCGGUCCAUUCGCCCGCUGGACAUCGACACCAUCAUUGCCUCUGUCAAGAAGACCGGCCGCCUGAUGACCGUCGAGGGUGGCUACCCCAUGUUCGGUGUUGGCUCGGAGAUCGUCGCCCAGGUCAUGGAGAGCGAUGCCUUCGACUACCUUGAUGCCCCGAUUGAGCGCGUCACCCAGGCCGACGUUCCCAUGCCCUAUGCCGUCCCUCUGGAGAACCUCACCAACCCCGACUCCAACCUGAUUGUCAAGGUUGCCCUCAAGACCAUGAACAAGCAGGCCUAAGUGCCUGCACAAAUGUAUGCAUGUAUACAUGUGCGCGCGCGCGCAUCAUGCGCGCCCGUGCACGUACGCAUGCUAUCUUCCGGUGGGCUGAGGGAGCGGCAGGGGGGAUGAUGGCCCGUUCAUGCUCCCCCUCCCAGGCCCCAAUCCGAAAGAGGCAAAGGGAGGGCCUCUGUUUGCCCUUCAGGCUUUGCCCCUUCCUGUCCUUGGCCUGGCCUCGUUUCACAAACCGUCCAGGACCAUAUCUCCCCUCUCCGUCCGACGGCCAACUGUGGAACCGCAGGCGCGUCCCCUCCCGCUCGCUCCCCCCAUAUGCCUCUUCCACGCGCAUGUCCUUCAAAAUAAAAACACUUCCCAAGAGAGACA